CUUCUCUGUUGGUCAGGUAAAUGGGCACCAGCCGCUAUGGGCACAGAGGCCGUAGGAAGAACUCAGGAGGGGCUUCACUGCUGGUUAGAGCUCAGCAAGCCCCUCCGCCAGAUUCUCAGAGCUCUCACCUGCCUCCUCUCCCUCCUCCCCAGUCAGCUCAGGCCCCACUGAGGGCCACAUUCUCACGAAGGCCGUCCUGCUGGCCUGUGGACACACUCACAGGGCAGCAAUGCCCCCAAUACCCACUGAUCACCAUGGUCAGGCUGGGGAGGGACGGUGGGAACCUGCCCCAGGGUCGGUUGGAGGUGUUGGGCUGAGCUGGGGACCGUGGCAGGCCCUGCUGGUCACUCUGUGUCCUCUGGGCCUGCGGAGGUUAGCUGGGCAGUAGCUCAGCCUCUCACAGCUUCUCCUUCAGGCUGGACAAGGAGGGGGCCCAGGGUCCACUCAGGGCCCCGGUCUGGGGUCUCCCUGGAGGCUCCUGGUAACAAACGGCCCCUCCCCUUCUGGGUGUUGGUAUCCAUGGCAACACUGUAGAGCCUUUCUCUCCCCAGGCCUGCUUGGAUUUCAGGCCUCAGCUCCCUCAACAACAUCAAGAAUGGCCCCUGAAUCUUGCCAGGAGGCUGCAGAUGCCGAGGAAGAGGCUUUCCCCUCCCUGGUGCACCGAGAACUGGUCAGUGGCCACGUGGGGCCUCCAGCCAGCGCCUCUGCCGACCCCGGGGCUCCCGCGUGCCCUCAGGACACCAAGCCCAGCUCCACCAGGAUGGUCUCCUCCGUCAGCCCGCAGUCUGCCCCGGAGUCCCUGGACCCCCGCACCCUGCGGCUGCUGUGGAGGCAGCGAGAACUGGAGAUUCAGGCCCUGCGGUGGGCGAUUGAGAACCACCGGGAGGCCCGACACUGCCGUAUCCUGCAGGAAGUGGCUGGGCUUCCAGCCGAGAGGAGCUCGCGCAGUCGGAAGUUCUUGCAAAACCAGGUCCAAAAGCUGACUUUGGAGUUGGAAGAGCAUAAGGAACAGGCCCAGCUGGAGAAGGCACACCUGGAGGAGCGGCUGCUGCAGACCGGAAACACGCUGCGGCAGCUGGAGGCCGAGUUGCAGGCCUUGCAGAAGUCCUGCCUCCUGCAGCUGGCCCGCUCCUCCUGGGUGGGCCGCAUGCUGCGGUCUUCCAUGGGCAGUGUGGAGGUGGUGACGGCAGAGACCCUGAUGGACCCCAGUGACCUCUCUGAGAACGAUCGGUCCCCCACUGCUGGGGAGGGUUUCCGGCUGGAGGAUGUGGACUGGAACAGCAUCGCCCACCGGUACCCCAACCUCUUCACCGACCUCGAGUCCAGCUUGGAUCAAAAAGAAGGGAAAGGGCUCUGGGGCCAUCUCUGUCCAGCCAUGAGCCCUUUGCCCAGGCUGGAUCCCAGGGACUGGGGCCACAACUUGGUGUGCCCUGCCCUCCUUAUGGAGGUUGGAUGGGGGCAGGGCUGGGGUCCAGGAGCGGAAGCCACGGGCAGCGAGCUGCUCUUGACUUGCAGGCACCCCCGGGCCCCGCCGCUCCCGGAGCUCCCACCGGCCACACAGCCUGACCAGUGGAACUCAGAGCCGUACUGCUGGCAGAGGGAGCAUCGUCUCAAGAGCGUCGAGUGGAGCUCCCUGCCCCUGGCGGGCGCCAGCAGCUCCGGGGGUGCCGACUCCGAGUCCAGCAGCUGCCUGCUGGCUGCACGCUAUCACGUGCAGAAAGUGACAGGGGACCCUCUCCAGGCGCCAGGCCACACUGCAGAGCAGAGGGAGGCACAGGCACAGAGCCUCUGCGGGGACAGUCGAGCAGCGUGGGCAGGCCGCCUCUCCCUGGAUCUCCGGAAAACCCACUCGGACAGGCAGGGCAGCAAUGGCCAGGAGGCUGAGUCCUGUGCGGAUCCCCACCCCCGGCAUUCUGGGCGCUGUCACCCCCGGCAUUCUGGGCGCUGUCCAAGCCACGGUGGGAGGGGCCCGAACGUCUCGGCACAGCGCCCCUGCCCGCGCUCCCGCCCCAGCCCCGCGGGCUCCUGCCUGAAGAUCGUGGCGGUGAGCCGCCGCCGGAGGUUCGUGCGCAUCCUCAACCAUUCGCUGGAGGAGACGGCCGACCUGGGUGGCUUUGUGCUGCAGCAGCUGGUGCGCGACUUCCCCGUGUGCAUGUACCGCUUCCCGCCCAGCACGCUGCUGGAGCCAAGGCAUCACAUCACGGUGUGGGGCGAGGCGCCCGGCAGCACCAAGCGGCAGCCACCCUCCUCCUUGGGCCAGGAGCCCGUCCACUUCCACUCCAGCCGGGGCUGCGUGACCCUCCUCCUGAACCCCCAAGGCGAGGUCCUCAGCGAGCACCAGGCCGCGCACUGCGUGACCCCCGUGUGUAGGAUCUUCUCCGACAACACCGACUUGUCCAUCGACCGUUUCCCGCUCUCAGAGGCCCGGCCCGGUGCCGACCUCGCGGAGCAGCAGCCCCUGCCUCGACUCCCGCGCAAGGGUCGGGUGCAGGAGGCCCGGGCCGGGCGCCGGAGGCCGGGGACGCGGGUCCAGUUGCCCCGCCUGAGCACCAGCAAGCUCCUCCGCCAGCGAGAGGUGCCAGCGCGGCCCGAGGGCGCCGCCGAGAGGCACCCAGAGCUCCUGCCCGCCAGCCCCAUCCCCAUCCCCGAGGCAGGGCUGGGCCUCGAGGACUGCCAGGCUAGGAAGGAACUCAAGGUCCGGGUGCGCCGGAAGAGCGUGGACCGCGGUUGUCCGAUGGUGGCGCUGUCGGUGCAGAGCACGGCCGAGAGCAGGUUCGGCUUCCGCUUCCUCAGCUGUCCGCCCAUCACUGCGGACUCGCGCUGGCCGGUGUAGGGCCGGGCAGGGCGGCGGCACCAGCGCCUGUGCUCCCGCGUCUCCACGACUGUGGCUG